CCGGCUUCCUGCUCUUUUGCUCUUCCUCCGCAGACAGCGACGCUUGUUGUUUGCUAUUUCGUGUUCUGGAAGUGCUUGUUUGUGCUUGAAGUUGUUUAGAAUUGUUUCUAUCGUCUGGCUGCUCAAUUCGGUCCUUAAUUCGACCUCAGCUACGCGGGAUACCCUCAGUGAAUACGCGCCAAAUCUCACCUUCUCGUGUGCUUCUCACCCACAAUGACUAGUUCCAAUAAAACCUUUGGUGGCAGCUUCUGGACGCCGGACUACAAGACUGGCGUCAAUGCGCUCCACAACAAAAUGAUCCAGGGUUUCUACGAAAACAAUGAGAUCAGUUCUCUCCUCGCCGCCUUCAUGACAGCCGAGGAGUCCUACGGCAUCUCUCUGCAAGAAGUCGACGAGCGUGCCGCGCCCCGUGCUCAAGGCUUUGGCCGUGACGACGGCGCCAGUCUGCGUAAGGCUUACGAAGGCAUGGUCAACACGAUCUCGAGCAAAGGCCAGUCGCAUAUUCGAAUUGCUCAGGAUAUUCGGAACAUGGCACUCGAGCCGUUUGCUCGAUGGGCUGUCGACCAUGAGACCAAGGUCAAGCAGACUUAUUACCGAGAGAUGCGAGGAAUCAAGCAGGUCGAGAAUCUCAAGGCCGAUGUGAACAAAUGCGCUAGAGUGUACCGGACAAAGAACGAAGCGUUGCAGUCGUUCAAGUCUACAAACAUCGUCUCUCAGAAUCCUAUCGCGCCUUCUCCGUCGUCUUCUACCACGUCCAUCCCGAGCGUUAAGAUCGUACCUCCCAGCGACGAAAACACAAGAACUUCACUUCCUCGUCGGUCGACCGGGACGAGUUCUGUGGACGGCGACGCGGAAGACGAUGAGGCCGAGGAACAGGAACUGGAGGAGACUGUCGAGGAGGAAGUCUUUUAUGAGAUUGGCGACCGCUCGUUCAGCGCAGAGCGCAUGGCCGCAAUGCUUCAGCAGAUGCUCGACGAAAUCCCUCAGGCCGAGUUCAAGGCAAGAUUCUAUGGCCAGUACAAGAACGUCAUGUCGGGUGAUAACGUUGUGGAGUGGAUCACCGGCAGCAUGAAGGUCAAGGCCUCUACCGCCGAAGACAUUGGACAGGACCUCAUCGAUGCGGGCUUCAUGAAGCAGGUUGCUGCCAUUGGCAACACGUUCCUCAACAGCUCCAAGACCCAUUAUGCCUGGAGACCGAAAGCUUAUGAAGUGGCUGGUCGGGUGGACCCUGGGUCGCUCAACAGAACCUCUACAUUUGGAGAGUCAAUCUUGACUAAUGUCAUCAAUGCCGCUACUGGCACAACCACCCUCAGUGGCGAUCCUAUUCCAGAGAACGAAACGCCUUACGAGCGCGUUGUUCGGGAAGAGCAUCUUGCAGAUGAAAAGUACAAGGCUGCCGUCGUUCGGCUAGACAAUGGACGCUGCGAGUUGGAAGAAGGACUGCUCCGGUACUUCCAGCUGAUGGAGAGCUACGAGACUGCGCGACUGGAGCAGAUCAAGCACAUUCUCAACGUCUUUUCAAUCUCGGUCGCAAACAUCAUGCCGCAGAUGCGCAAACUGAUCGACGAGCUCUCGCUCUACCACGAGACUAUCCAGCCGGAGAAGGAUCUGCGGUACCUCAUAGAGAGCUACAAGACCGGUCUCUUUGCGCCGCAUGUGACAGUGUACGAGAACGCGUUGAUGAGCAAUGACUCUCAGCAGACUUUUGGCAUCAGGCUUGAAGAUAAAUUCAUUGACGAGAAAUCUGUGCCAAAGAUCAUCACGCGUACGCUGCAGUAUCUCGACACUGUCUACGCUAACAGUCCAUCAAACAUGGAUGUUCAAGACACUUGGCUGGUCAACGUUUCCUUGAAGGAAGUCCAUGAUCUGCGUCGACUCAUCAAUACAGGCAAGCCCCUGACUGAUGACGAGUAUCGCACAAUCUUUGAGACAUUCCCGGCCCCUGUCGUCGCUGCAGUGUUGAAGCUUUACUUUUACGAGCUGCCUAGAAGUCUUAUCGACCCGUCGCUUUACGAUGCGCUUAAGGACUACUACUCGCGCCGUACGCCGGAGGUCGAGGCUGAAGGUUCCGCCGAGCAAGUCAUCAUCGGUCCUCUCUCUACCAUCCUCGUCAAGCUUCCAGAGAGCAACGCGGUGACUCUCAAGGCCAUCACGAAGCAUCUCCAGAGACUUAUCAAGGUCACCAUGGAGCACGCUCAGGCGAACGGCAGCAACGCCGGUGAGGAGUUUGAGCUCAAGCUCGCGCACGAAAUGUCGCGGGUUCUCAUCCGGCCGCUGGUGGAUACGCCGUUGACGGUUGACGAUCGGUUUGGCUACCGUUUCUUGCUAGACCUGUUCCACCACGGCCGUCCGAUCAUGGAUAAUGCGCGCCGGGCCCGGUCGGCGGAUGUUUCGCGGAGACAGCAGGUCGAAGAACGAAAUCGUCAGAUGCUGCAGGCUCGAGGUAGAGAUUCGCCUGACGCGAAACUCGAGAACGGAAAGUCGCGCAACCGUCUCGCGUCGCCUACUCCCGGACAUAACCGUGUUCCGAGCGUGAAGCUUGUGUUGACGCCUUCUUCGAGAAAGCGUGCGUCGUCGAACGUGUCGUCGCCUAGCGCUGCGGUUGCAGCUGCUUCCGAGAGUGCGCCUGCGGAAGCCGGCGAGGCGGACGAGGCUUCGGAUACUUUGAAGGCAACGCCGGACGAUGCCGGUGUUGAGGACGAUGAAGGCGAGGAGGCAAACCACCGGGCGAGUAUCUCGUCGUCGUUCUCUCAGGGACGAAGCUUGGUGGGCGAAGAAAGUGGACUGGGUGACGUUGAGGAGGCAGCGCAUAAACUUGAAGGCGUGACGCUUGUGGAUCGGCCGAUGGACGACUUUUGAUCCAGCCUCUAUUUCUUAGUGUCGUGUCGUUUCUUUCUUACUGUCGUUGUUUUGUUUGUGCGAGCUCUGUUGUUGGCCACUUAUAAUAGCCUGUGGCAUACAAUGGAGCAGAAAAUCACGUUAGAUAUUAAUGU